AUGGAAGAAUUAAAACAACGUUAUACCAAAUUUUUAAGUAAAAGAGAUGCCUGGAAAAAAAUUGAACCAUUCUGGAUCAAUAACAAUUUGCCACAAAAUUUGGUUCCACAUGACUCUACAAUUUAUUUAGCGGGUGGCAUGCCUAAUGAAUCUUUAUUCCCCAUUGAAUCCAUCCAUAUUAAUGUCAAGAAUUCUCCAGGUGUUAGUAAUGCUAGUAAUAGCACGGCUUUGGAUAUUAAUGAAAAGAUUGCUGAUGGACAACUAACCAACAUUUGGACUUAUGAGCAAAAUAAAGAUAAGUUAGGUAUAUCCCAAGCUUUUCAAUAUGGAGAAAGCAACGGUAACCCCCAAUUAUUAAAGAUCGCACGUGACAUUAUCACUAGUAUCCACAACACUCCACAAUAUGAAGAUUGGGAUGUUAUUACGACUAAUGGUUCUGCUGAUUCGUUAUACAAAGUGUGUGAUUUGUUAUUUGACGAAGAUUCUGUUAUGUUAAUGGAAGAAUUUACUUUCCCCUUGACCACCACUUACUUGAACAACACUGGAGCAGAAGAAAUCCCAUUAAAAGUUAACAUUACCUCUGAUGUCGAAAAACAAGGUAUUGACACCGAUUACAUGGCUGAUUUGUUAGAUAAUUGGUCUAAGUAUUACCCAGAAAAGCCUAAACCAAAAGCUUUGUAUACUAUUGCCACUGGUCAAAAUCCAACAGGCGUUACUCAAUCAGUCGCCAAAAGAAGGAGAAUUUAUGAUAUUUGCUCCAAACACAAUAUGCUAAUUAUUGAAGAUGACCCAUACGGGUAUUUGAAAUUUACCCCAUUUAGGCCUGAAGAUCCAGAUUACAAUCCAUAUGAAAGCGGCGAAAUUGAUUUAAAGGUUUAUUGUAAUAAAGUAUUGUCUCCAUCUUAUUUAAGAUUUGAUACUGAUGGUAGAGUUAUUAGGUGCGAAACAUUCUCUAAAGUUUUUGCCCCUGGUAUUAGAAGUGGGUUUAUAGUUGCUAAUAAAUUUUUUAUUAAAAGAUUACAUAACAUGGCAAUGUGUUCUACCAGAGAACCAAGUGGAGCAUCACAAUCUAUUUUGACCAACAUCUUAUUAGAUAUGGGUGAAAAUUAUCAGAAGACUCAUCCAGAUUCAGAAAGUUAUAUUGAUGGUUGGUUUGAAUGGUGUAGAAAAGUUGCAAGUGCCUACACACAUCGUCGUAACGUUUUAUUUCAAGCCUUAGAAUCUACAGAUGCCUUUAAAAAACAUUUUUUUGAAAUUAGUGAACCUUCUGCGGGUAUGUUUGUUGCUCUUAAUGUUACAUUAAAACCAGAGUGGAAAACUGUUAAUGAUUAUACAGGUGCUGCUGAAAAAGAUGCCUACAUCAAGGAUGUUAUGGAUUAUUUGAAUUGGAUUCUAUUAGAAGAAGGAUGCUUAGCUGUUUUGGGUUAUAAGAUGACUGUUAAUCAAAAGUUUUCAUUGCAUAGAGCCAAUUUCUUGAGAAUAACAUUUGCUCAAGCCGCCAAUGAUUGUAUUUUAAGAGAGGCUGCUUUAAGAUUAGCUAAGGGAAUUGAAAGAUUGAACUUGGAGUACGGCACAGACAAGCAGAAAUUUUGUAUGAACAAAUAA